AUGAAUUUUAACGAAGAUUUAUACCAAGACUUGAAAGCAAAAUAUGUUAAUGCUAGUUUAAAAUUAUCUUUGAGCCGUAAUGAACGUAUUAAUGCUUAUGAUAAGUUAUUAGAAGAACAAAACUAUGUAUAUAAAGAAUUACCAGAAAAAUUGGCAGAUGGUAUUAUAGAAAAUAUUGAAAAAGAACAUGCCUAUAAAAUGUCAAUCAAAGCUAAUAAAAAAAUGAAGGAAGAACAGGAACGUUUAUCAAAGGAAAUUGAAAUUCUUGAAGAUGAAAAGAAAACUCUUGAGAAGGCUGUAAAUGAAACUAUUGGGCGUACUAAUAAACUUGAAGAAACAUUAAGAGAAGUAAAUGGUGAAAUUCAAAAGCUUCAAGAAGAAAAUGCAUUAAUAACAGAAAGUUUAAGAAAUGAAAUUCAAAGAGCUCAAUCUGUUAUUAUAUCAAAAAAAUAA